GGGAUGUUUUGUCUCAACUCUGCCUUCCUCUGUCAAGAUUCUUGCUUAGAUUGACUGCUUUCAGGAAGUGAUUUUUCGCGGUUUUCAGAGCUAAGCCUCAACUACUAAUCAUUUCAUGCAGAAAACCACAUUUUAAGAGAGCAUUGCACUUCGGGCGCUCUGAAAGAUUAACCAGCUCAGAGAUGCCUCGCUCCUUCCUGGUGAAGAGUAAGAAGGCGCACAGUUACCACCAGCCCCGCAGUUUAGAGGAUGACUACAGCAGACUGGACACUAUACUGGCGCACAUAUGCUCAGAAGCAGAUAAGCUCCCAGACGAGGCGGACAUGUCAACGGACAUGUCGGUGGACAUGUCGGUGGACCGGUACGGUUUCUCUCCGGACUCUCACCUGGCUGACGCUGCUCAUUUCUCCCCGAAAUCCCCGCUGAGCUGCGCCGACAGUGUGUGCGCUCGCUCGGACUACGAAGACUUCUGGAGGCCUCCGUCCCCCUCUGCAUCACCGGUUGAUUCUGAGAAAUCGUUGUCCCCCCUGGUGGAUGAGAUCCAGCCCUUCACCGUUCCCUUCCGGCCGUACACGUGGAGCAGCUACCCGGGGCCGAGGCUGAGGCCCCUGAUGCAGCAGAGCCUCCAUCCGGACGUGGAGGUGGACGGAGGCCCGGCGGCGAUGGCCUUUUACGGGGACAGGAGCACCGUGUACGCAGACCGGGCUCUGGGAGAGGAGACCUACAGCGAGUACCGGAGGCAAGCUGCUGCUGCUCUGAUGUUUCCCGAGAGAGGCCUGCACGGGAAAAGCCACGAUGUUAAGGCCCCGUCUGACCUGCUGUGUUCCAGUCUGAUCCUAAACGGUGCUUACAAGUGUGUCGAGUGCAGUAAGGUAUUUUCUACACCGCACGGUUUGGAGGUGCAUGUCCGCAGAUCUCACAGUGGUACUCGGCCGUUUGCGUGUGAAAUCUGCGGUAAAACAUUUGGACACUCAGUCAGCCUCGAGCAACACAAAGCUGUACACUCGCAGGAAAGAAGUUUUGACUGCAAAAUAUGCGGUAAAAGUUUUAAGAGGUCGUCGACUUUGUCGACGCAUCUGCUCAUCCACUCUGACACUCGGCCCUACCCCUGCCAGUACUGCGGAAAGAGGUUCCACCAGAAAUCAGAUAUGAAGAAACACACGUUCAUUCACACAGGUGAGAAACCGCACAAGUGCCAGGUGUGCGGGAAAGCGUUCAGCCAGAGCUCCAACCUCAUCACACACAGCAGGAAACACACCGGAUACAAACCUUUCGGCUGCGACCUCUGCGGCAAAGGUUUCCAGAGAAAAGUGGAUCUGCGGAGACACAAAGAGACGCAGCACGGACUGAAAUGAAGCGUUCAAGAGCCGCGCUCACCGCGCACACCAUGUCAUAUAAUCCCUGUCUUUAUUUUGAAAAAAAAAAACGAGAGGAGAAAUCUGACAAAGACAUAAGACAUUACGCUUGAGGACAGUUUCUGGAUCAAGAUUCACUUUGAUCCACUUUUAGCUUCGUAAAAACUUCAUAUGAAAGUGCAUUGAAAUUUAUAGCUAUAUAAUUUAUUCUAAUGAGGAAAACGAAUACCUAACGACUUGUUUGCAGUGCGGAGACAUCGGCAACACUACCUAUAAUACAAACCUUCUGCAGAUUGUUCUAAAGGUCCAGAAAACCAGAGAUAAGCUGCGAACUGUAAGAAAUGCAGAUCAGAUAUGAUGAAGCGUGAUAAACUCAUUUAUCAUGUUUAUAUGUCGACUGAUAUGAAUCAGCUUUAGAGGGCAUUACACCCAAAAUAUUUGUACUCACACUUAAAUAACCGGAUCGACAAUAAAGCUACCAAGAAGCAGUGAUGGAAAUCUGCGUUUCUCCAAAGAACAGAGAGGCAUUUUGUUUUCAGUUCGAAGCUGCUGGCAAAACAGCCUGAGCCUUUCUCACCAUGCUGGCAUCUUACACUUUUACAUUUUGCACAUUUUUUUUGUCAUUUUAGUCGUUUACAAUAUGAAUUACAUUUUUUUCAGGCUAUUUUAUUUUCUGGUUGGUUUAAGAGAAAUUAAAACUGCAAUAAUAAACUCCAAUAGUGAAACAUGAAAUGAGAAGAUGACUUCUUUUUUUUCCAAAUGACAGAAACGGAGGGAGUGAAUAAAACCGGUGGUUUAGAUCAGACUGCUCAUCAGUUUCACCACAAACACCUAAAUGAAAGAGCUUGUUUCUUUUCUCACACUCUCUGUAGCCUUGACGCCAUUUAUUGUGUGUAUAGUAUUCAUAAUAUAUCAGAAAAUAUUGCAAUUUAUUUGUACAUUAUAUUUUUUACAACUUUAUUAUUAUUAUUAUUAUUAUUAUUAUUUCAAUUAGUAACGGAUUGUGCUAGUUUAAUGUCGUUAUGAAUUAUUUCUCAUUGCGCUUGUGCAGCAAUUGAGUUUUGAAAGUAAAGCGCUUCAUUAUAACCUUCCACCCACGAAACAAAACUAACAAACUAAUAAUAAUAAAUGAGCCAAUAAGAUCUUUGUUUUCUGACGUGUUUAUGAAGAGGAAUUAAAGCUUUAGGCUGAUGUUGGACAUUUAAGCAUCUUGCUGCUGUGAUUGGGAUUGCCCAGAGGCUACCGCAGCUCCUGUUUGUUUUGACCACUGCAGCCAUGUGUUUGAACCUUAAACAGUCUGAGCUGAUUUAACCGUUAACCAGAUGCUUUUUACCCUCAUGGCUGUUAUUAAAAAAAGAAAAAAACAAAAAAAACAAAACAAAACGAGUUUUGGCAGAAAGCUGGCAGCGCAUGCAGCAGCUGUGCUCCUCUGGGGGAUUGGUGCAGAGAAAGUAGUUUAAAAUAGAUUCUUUUUGUUUGACAUUAUUAAUAAUUUUGCUGAAUUGUUAAGUUAGUGAUGAGCAGAAAUUGAUCUCACAUGGGGCCUGUGGGUAGAUUCAUUUGGAUGUGCAGUUUGAAACUAUCAGGAAAAAAUAGUCAUAUUGAGACACUGGCAGUAAAGACACAGAGUUUACAGCAAAUGAAAGACACUACCGGUAUAUAAAUCCUUAUGACAGACAGUGACACACAGUGUGAUGGUAAAUAAAAAGGUGUGAUUUCCAUUUAGUCAUCAUCAGAACAUAAUAAACUCAUGAAAACCAAUCAAUUUACUCAUGAGAAAUGAGUUUCCACUCUAGAUAGCAUUAUUUUCAUAUAACUUCCAUCACAUGGAUGAAACAGCUGGCUGAGACUUUAUACACUGCAUCACUGAUACUGUCAGAUUAAUCACUUGCCUAACUUACCGUCUCAUCUUUAUUACUCUAACACGGCAAAAGAGAAAAAAAAGAGGAACAAUCAGUUAGUCGUCUUCCCUCAACAUUGAUUGAAAUCACUGACUCACAAAGAUUUUCUAUGCCUCACUUCCCCCAAAAUCGUACAACAUCCAGGCCUGCGAAAAUACUGAAUAUUUUAAGCCCCCAGAUGAACAGACUAAAGGGGAACAGGAAAAGGCGAGCUCAUUUGAAGCUGGAGGGAUGGCGAUGUAAUGCAAGACUUACUGGAGCUGUGCACCUUGGUGCUGCGUGGCAGGGAGAGAGCCACGUCAUUUGUUCUCUUGAGAUGUAAAUACAUUACAUGUGGAAAAAGCUCAUAUACUUUUAUUUCUAAAAUUAGUUAAAAUUACAUGUGCACAAAGUGUCAUUUCAAAGAGUGGCUCACCUAACAGGAAAUCUGCAGACUAUAAAGGAAAUUGCUGCAAGCGUCACAGAUAAAUCACUUAGACAAAUGCUGCUGUCUAAAAACGGGUACGCGCACUGCUCAGGCUGAUGUUGAAUCACAGCACAGGGGAAUUUCCUCCUGUUGGAAUGAAGAGUUUGUCGUUAAGUGCCUUUAACACUCUGAGGCAGCCUCAAGCCACCAGCAUGACCACGACUCUCAGCAGUAACGGACAAGUGGGUCAUCUUAGGUGUGAUGUCUCAUCGCUGUGCAGAGCGGGCAGACAUCAACUGAACUUUGGACAUCAAACUCCUCUCAUAACUUUUUUAUGCCUCUUCUUUAAAACGACAGCUUGUUAUUUAGAAACUGAGCGAUUUGUUUGUCUCGUAAGGUGUUGCAUGAUUCCCUCUGAGAGAAGCUCCUCAAGCACAAUCUCAGAAAGAGGCUUUUCAAGCAAAAAUCUUCAAACAAACCAUUAGGCUGACCAGAUUUCCUCCAAGGGCAGGGGUGGAUUUUUUUUAAAGCAUUACCCCACUGCCCCGAGGCAUAUCAAAUAUGAAUAGAAUAUGGCUCGAUCGAUCGGGGUGGGCGAGUAAUCAGAGCAUUGCAGUCUAAAAGGCUCAAAUCUUGGCCUGCAUCUUGGUCCAGAAGUGCACGCAAACACACUCAAGGAAUAUGUGCAACACUCACACACACACACACAUACACACAUCUGUGCACACAACCACACGUUUGUACACACAGAGGUAGUGGAAUUAAUUCCUCUUGACAGACACAGUUGUGCAAUUAGAAAGUUCAGAAUUCUGGGUUUCGUGGUUUUUGGAUGAUUCAUUAUUAAUCUGAAAUUAAACAUGAAUUAUAAAAGAGGGAUUUUAGAAGCACAUUGGUGUUUGAUUUUUCUGUAUCUUCCACAGUUUAAAUAAACUGCGUAAAUUCCAAAUCUGGACUAAAACAAGAAUAUCUGUAAUGGGUUUUACUGUCAGAUACCUGUGACAGGGCCUGUUGUCUCAAACGACUGUAGAGAAGAGUUUAGAUUAUUCAAGAAAUACUUUAAUAUAACAUUUUUUUUGCUAUGUAAAGACACAAAAUUUUGAAAUGGAACAUGAAAAUUGUUGAAGAGACAUUACUCAGCAAGCUGCAACAGCUUUUGAAACCAGACUCCAUCUCCUGAUUUACAAAUAUGAUAUGUGGCCUGACGGAGUGAAGGAGAGAAUCAGAUCAAAACAUCAUAUGCGAUACCGUUUAAAAAGAAAGCAAAGAUCAAGAUCACAAACACGCAGCUGACAAGCAUCAAUAUCUGGAAUCAGCAACAUCUGCUUAAUAUGCUCAUGAGAGAAGACAGAGAGGACACUUUCAUGAAGAGAGAGUCAAUGUGAUUGUUCCCCCUGAGGGUGAGCGGGCCUGUUGUGUAUAUUGUGAUAAUAAUGUGGCGCUUGCUCUCACGCUCUGUUCAGCAGAUUUCACACAGGUUUCACAGAUACAUAGAGAGAUAAGAUGAGAGGGACACAGAAUUUCAAAGAGCAAGCUUCGGAGAAAAAGCACUGAUUAAUAUGCUCUUGUGUGGGGACGAUAACAAGAGCUUCCUGGAAGAUGAAAAGAUAUUAAAUAAACUGAUGACUGUUUUCAUACCCUCUGCAUACACACUUCGUUUGGGAAAGUUUUCUGCAUCAGAGAGACUUUUAUUCUCACCUGUCCCCUCCCCAGUUGACACGCCAACUAAGCCAGGACAGAUGAAGAGAGGCCGGGCUCAUAUAGGACACAGCUCUUUUGUUGCAGAGGCUUAUUCAUUAUUCACCUGAUCUGAAAAACAGACUGCAAACCUUCUGCACAGCUGUCAUCAAGCAACAAGGCGUAGACACAAAUUAUUCAUGACUCUGGAAAGAAAAGGCAGCAGAAUGAGAGGAAAAUAAUAACAAGAGACACCAGUGAGGCAGCUGACGGGCUGAACACGUGUGGGGAGAGUCGGGCCUCUUCGGGCUGACAAGCCUCCUCCUGGAGCGCCAGCCGCGGCUACAACACGCUUCCCCUGCCUGCCUGGACCGCUUUGACACACCUACUGACUUUUACACUGUAGCAUGAAACAAGGAUGCAAAUGUGUGUUUAUGACUUUUAUAUUGUUUAAGAGAUUUUUUCCCCAUUAAUAAGCCCAUUUAUCUCAAGUUUAUGUUUCAACAGUAAUCAGUAAGUGACGUAGUUUAGUAUCUCCUCAUGUCUUAAGCAACUCUUCUUAAGGUGUGAGGUAUCUAGUCAAUGCUCUUUUCACCUGCCUUAAUCAAAACGUUUUAGACAGGUACGGAUUGCACAAAACUCUGCCACAGGGCUCUUAACUGAAACUUAGACAUGGGAUCAUAUUACACCUGUUUUAGCUUCUCUACGCUGGCUGCCUGUUUGUUCCAGAAUUGAUUUUAAAGUUGUAACUUUUAAAGCACCUAGCCACAUUACUGAACUGUUAAAGGUCCAGUGUGUAAGAUUUAGUGGGAUCUAGAAGAAC